AUGUUAGAUAUGUCUCAACAACACAUGGCAAAACAACGUUUAGUCUAUGCGAUUUUAAAAUUUCUCGAUGGAGAAAUACAAGCUGAAUUAGAUAAUCCUGAACGACGUGAGAGUAUGGAAGUUGCUGUUCAAUGUCUUGAAACAGCAUAUGACGUAUCUCUUGCAAAUACACAAAAUAAUUCAACAUAUGGUCCACCUGUAGAUCUUUUAUCACUUGUAUCCGAAACUCCAACGACAACGACAACAACGACAACUCAUACUGCAACGUUUCCAUCAUGGCUUAGUGCUAAUGAACAGCCGUCAAUGAGUGUACCAUUAACAGAUGAUAUGCGACAACAAGCAGAUAAAUUAAAAAAUGAAGGAAAUGAAUUUGUUAAACAAGAAAAAUAUCGAGAAGCAUUAGAAGCAUAUAAUGCAGCUAUUAAAAUUGAUGGUAAUAAUGCCAUUUAUUAUUGUAAUCGUGCUGCUGCACAUAAUAAAUUAAAUAAUAAUGAUCAAGCAUUAAGUGAUUGUUUUCGUUCAAUUGAAAUUGAUCCUAAUUACAGUAAAGCCUAUGGACGACUUGGUGUUAUUUAUCUUUCAUUAGAUAAAGUACAUGAAGCACUUGAUGCUUAUAAAAAAGCUCAUGCAUUAGAACCAAAUAAUGAGAAUUAUAAACAAUCAAUUAAAAUUUGUGAAGAUCGAUUGAAUGGUGCAUCUGGUGGUAGUGCUGCUCCAGCUGGUGAUCCUAAUCUUCAAUCAAUGUUUGGUUCAUUAUUAGGUGGUAUGGGUGGUCCUGGUGCAGCCGGGGGACCUGAUAUGAUGUCAUUUUUUAAUAAUCCUUCAUUGAUGAAUAUGGCAAUGCAAUUUGUUCAAAAUCCUCAAGUUCAGGGAUUAAUGGCUAAUUUAGUAACAAAUUUAGGAGCACAAGAAGGUGGUGAAGUCGGUAUACAAACUCUGUUACAAACAGGUCAACGUAUGGCUUCGGAAUUAUCAGCUAAUAAUCCUGAUCUCAUCGAAUCUAUUCGACGCAGCAUGGGUAAUCGAACACAACCUGAUGGAAAUAAUGAUUCAGGAGUUGACAAUAAUUCCGAUGGAUCAUCAAAUCAUAAUAAUAGCUCAGAUCAAAACAAUCCAUCAUCAUCAUAG